GCUCGGCGUCUGGGUCAAGAGAAAGAUGAGUUCAUCUGAUCAAUCCCCAGAGAGAAGGCUGCAGGAGACCGUGACCGUGGAGGAUAUCCCGCACGAGGAGGACAUCAAGCGGCUGCUGCGAACAAUGGCGGAUGACCAGAUCAGCCUUCAUGUUCGCAUGGGAGAGGUGAAUGAAACUCUCCAAGAGAUGUAUAGAAUGAACAGUGACGAUCUGAGGUCACUGAUGGAGCUGAUAAAGGCGACCCUAGCGCCUCAGGGGCUGCCCGCACCACCACAACAAACUGGAGAGGCGGGGACGGGAGCAAGGGGGAUCGCCACCAUGGCAAUCACGGUGGCGAGGCCGACCGAGGUGAUGGCGGCGGCUGAAGAAGUGUCGGGGGCGAGGGAGGCGAGGCCGCGCACGGAGGACGGCGAGUGCGGCGGCGGAAACAGCGGCGUGGUUCCGCCGGGGGACGCGGCGAGGCGCGCAGGGAAAGGGUCGGGUUAACCCAAUCAUGGGUCGGGCCUGCUACCGACUCCGGCGGCCCAGGAGCUCGCGACAAUGCACGGGAAGGCCAAGACGUCGGGCUACGACUCGGUGGGCGGAGAGAUGGGCUUCGAGCCCAUGUGUCCCAAAGCAUGGCGAGGUCGGGUCCAGGUUAACCAUGGGCCAACUAAGAAAUGGACCGGCUGGGC